AUGCUUCUGCAAUUACAUCAUCGAGACUACUGCGUCUCGGUCGAAUCCAAUGCAAUGGCGCCUGAACGGCACUGCCGGCGGAUCUACGUGUUUCCGAGGUCUACAGCCAGGGAUGUUCUCGUACAUCUCAGCUGGGUCUGGAGCCUGAGUCCGGAUCGAUACCGUACAGUUGACCCAAGGGACUGGCUCGCUGCAGCAAGGGUAUUCGCGAUUUGCUCGUGCAUGCUCUCCACCUUAGCAGCUGCAGGUCCUUCUCAAGCCGAUCUGUGGCAUGGUAUCCAAGAAAUUUUCUGUGAGGCUUGGGACCGUCUCCCACAGUCCGAUCUCGUGAUCAAGAGCACACGAAGCAACGCCUACGGGAUGGUCACAUUGGUGCCUAAAACAUACUUGGGCACCAAAGACCAAUUUUCUCACGGCCAACCGCCUAUCAGACUAGGCGACCGCUGCGAACAGUCGGGUCACGCCGCCUUAUUCCCAAUACCACCAUCUCAGAGAUCUGACGAGUCGUUCCGACGCCCGAAGUUCGAGAACUCUGGCCGACCGUGGUCUUGGGCUAUGACUCUCUGA